AUGGAUCAAAUCAUAAGUAAUUAUUUUACAAAAUCAACUCAAAUAAUUAUAACUUCAAGAUCUAAACAACAUCAGUAUGAAUCAAAAAUUAAUAAAUGGUUUAAUACAUAUUUAUCAAAUAAAGUUCAAACAACAACAACAACAAGUCCACAACUAUCUAAGGAUAAUAAAGGUUUACUAUCUCCUAUCAUAAUUGAAAUUUAUUUGGAUCUUAAAAAUGUAUCCUUUGAUGAUUUAAACACGGUACUAAAAUUAUAUUAUAAUGAUAAAGAAUAUGAUAUAAUUAGUAAUUCAAUAAAUUCCAAUAAACGUGAAAUAAUGUUAGAAAGAUGGUUAAUAGAGUUUGAUCAAUUUGAAACUAGUAAUAAAGAGGGUUCACCAUCUAUAGAUGAAAUUCCAAUAAUUUAUAAACAUAUAAUAAUAUUGUUGAGAAGUAUUUAUGGAUUUAGUAGAGCUAUGAAAGCUUUUACGUUACUCAAGAAGACAAAUUUAAAUAUAAAAGGUUCAAUAUUAAAUAAUAAUAGUAAACCAGUUACAUCAAAACAAAGAAUUGGAUUAAGUAAAAAAUUAAUACUGGAUGAUACUGUUCAAGAAUUGAAACAAAAAAAUUUCAAACCAAUUAUAACUUCAAAUGGUACUUUUAAAAUAAGUGUUGCUUGUAGGUCAUUAUGUGAUUUUAGAAUUGUUGAAGGUGAAAGAAUUAAAGAAACUAUAUCAUCAUCAAAUUCUCCACAACGUAGUAUCCCCCCACCACCACAACAACAACACAGUUUUAGCAGAGAAUCUUCAAUCUCAUAUAUUCCACCAAUUGAAACUUCAAUUUCAAAUCAAUCAAUACGUACUCCAACUCCAAUUUUUUCCAGUUCAUUUGGUUCAAGAAUGAAAAAACAACAUUCUUCAUCACAACAAAUGGUUCAAAGUACAAGUAUACCAAGUAAUUUAUCAUCUGAAGAUGAUGAUAUAAAUGAUUUCGUAAGAAUGAUUGAUUCAAAACUGGAUUUAAGAUUAGGAAAUGCGAGUAAUACAAUUUCAGAUACUAGUUCAUCAUUAAAUCGUUAUCAAUUAAUGAAAUUUCAACAUCAACAAGUUUCUGAUUCAGUUUCACAAUCAAUCAUUUUACAACAUGGUAAUAAUCCAAAUACUAUAAGUCUGAGAAAAUCAAGUUUAAAUUCAACGCCAAAUUCUUUUGAUAAAUAUAAAAAUGAUUCAAAAUUUUUUAUUAAAUCAAGAUCAACAAGUUCAAAUUUAGUACAUCAACCACCACAAAAUUCAACACCAACAAAUUCAUUAAUUCCACAUUCAAGUUCAAUUAUAACAAAUUUAAAUAGAACAAAUUCAAGUAAAAUUGUAAAUAAUGCAAAUUCAUCUAGUUCAAAUAUUGUUCAACAACAGCAACAACAACAACAACAACAACAACAACAACAUCAACAACAACAACAACAACAACAACAACAACAACAACAACAACAACAACAACAACAACAACAACAACAACAACAACAACAACAGCAACAACAACAACAACAAUUAUCACCAACAUCUUCAAUUCAUCCAGCAUCAACAUUGAAAAGUACAGUUACUCCAACUGCUGCAACUACUACUACAACAGUUGUAGUUAGUGGUUUAGCUACUACUCCAUCCGUUUAUGAUUAUAAAAGAGCAGAUCCAAAAUAUGAAAAUGUAUUUGAUGAUGAGGAAGAAGAUGAAGAAGAUAGUCAACAUAAAAGAGAUAAUGAUGAUGAUAGUAAUAAAAACAGAAAUUCAAUUGUAAAUACAAAUAUUAAUAAUUAUAAUACUAAUAAUGAUGAUGAUGAUGAUUUGUUAUUCACUAUGAGUGAUAUGAAUUUAAAAUAA